AUGCCACUCACCCGCAAGAACCUGACGGCUUGGCUGGAAUCAAAUGGCUUCGUCCAGCGCCAGUCCAGUACCAAACGGCGCAAGGCGGGCUUCGCACUGACAUGGUCCAAUCCCGACGCGGAGCCAGAAGAUGAAGACUGGGACAUUCUGUUCGUGGAUGGUGUCGUUGGUCGCACGCAGAAGAUCACCAAGACUGCAGACACCAAUAUCAAGAACGUGUACCCGGCGGACCAGACGGCAACGGCUAAGAUGUGCGUCGCAUGCACGGCGCAGGCCCUCGCCGCGAAAGAAAGAGUCACGGCAUCGCAGAGCCUCAAGGUGGAUCAGACCUUGUCCGACGACGGUUCAUAUCUGCUCUAUCGCGAAAGGACCACCACCGCGCCCGGCGUUCCAUUCCGUGAGUUUCCGCGCGUCAAGACCAAUGGCGACGUCUCAGACCAACCAGUGUUCCGGCCAGACAAAGUCAUGCGUCCCAGGAGCGUCCCCGAAGCUGCCUAA